GAAACUCAGCCUCCCAUUUUCUUCUUCCCACUUACCCCAUCUUUUUCUCUCUCUCUAGAAAACCCAUUUUUCUCUCUCUACCCACACAUGUAUAUAAUCUGUUUACGUAUACUUCCUUUACCUGGAAGUUUAUUUUGUACCCAGUUUCCCCAUUCAUCAGAAUUUUUCAUCUAAUAAAACCCUAUCUUCUACUAGCCGGUGCUAGUGCUGGUGCUGCUGAUUCUAAAUCAACCUUUUGUGGUGAUUUGAUGGUCUUGAUUGCAGUUGUGAUAGUGGAGGUGAACUUUGUAUUUCGGGCUUUACUUUUGAGUAAUUUUGAGUACCAUUAGGAAAAGAGGUUUUCUUGUUUCAAAAUAAGAUUAUUGGAGGUCAAGGUCUCAUGAGAAUUGUUAGGGGAAUGCAGAAAUUAGUUCGCGAGUAUCAGACAGAAGUGGACUGCUGGGACAAAUCAUUCAGCCUUGGUAUUGGUGUUACCGCUCCAAAGGCCAGGAAGCGUGACAAAUUCAAAGCAAGCUCUUUGUUUUUCUAACUUCGGGUAAAGGAGAACUCAAGUGUUUCAUAGGUCCCGGGUUGAAGAAGACUACCCCAAAUGACUCGGAUACUGGUUCAGCGCGGUUCCGCUGGAGCUUCAUCGUCUUCGUCCUCAAAUCAGAACAGGUCAUCUACUUCGCUCCCUGGUUCGUCUUCUUCUUCAGCUCCAACCCAGCCACAGGCUUCUAGUAACAGUCAGGUAUUAUCAGCUUCGAAAGAUGAUGAAUUCGUAGAAGAAAUACAAGAAGAGGUUGCUUUAGAAGAGCUCUCCAUUGGUUCUUCAAACUACAAGGGUGUUAAGGUUGACGAUGGAUUGUUGGAUAGUUUAGGUAGCGACCAAAGCACCAUUGAGGAAAAGAUUGCUGAUAAUGAGACGAGAGACGGUGUUUUUGUCAGUGAGGGCCUGGCAAGGGAAUAUGAUGGUUUGAGAGUUGUGGAAGUGGAAAAUGAGGGAAGUUCAGUUCAGAGGGCUAUAUGUAGUUCAUGUCCACCUCCACCUCCUGUCCCACCACCAAAACCUGCUUCACUAAACUCGAGUCCUAGAAGAUUCCCGUUGGGUAGUUCACAUGCUGGCCGUAUAGGAUCAUCUAGGGGAACUGCUGGGAGACCUACUGUCUCAACUAGGACCUCACCUGCUGGAUCCAGGCCAUCCUCUCCACGAUCACAUUGUGAUGAAGGUUAUAAUAGUGCUGAUGAGCAGAAUCCCAGCUUUGGAUCCUCAUAUGAUGAUGUGGAGAGAGAACAGCAGUUUGAAAUGGAUCUUAGACGAACCAAAGGCUUAGAAGUUAAGAAAAUGUUGGAAGAUGGGAACUGUCUCUUCCGUGCUGUUGCUGACCAAGUAUAUGGUGAUUCUGAAGCUUAUGAUUUGGUCAGGCAGAUGUGCAUUGACUACAUGGAGCGGGAAAGGGACCACUUCUCUCAAUUUAUAACUGAAGGUUUCACUUCCUAUUGCAAGAGAAAAAGGAGAGACAAGGUUUAUGGCAACAAUGUGGAGAUUCAAGCUCUGUGUGAAAUGUAUAAUCGCCCUAUUCACAUAUACUCUUAUAGCACAGAACCAAUCAAUACAUUCCAUGGAAGUUACAAUACAGACAGCCCUCCUAUUCGACUCAGCUAUCAUCAUGGAAAUCAUUACAACUCUCUUGUUGAUCCACGUCGACUAACAGUUGGUGCUGGCCUUGGGUUUAGCUCUCUACAAGGGAGGAACGUUGAUAAGGAUCAGGUCAAAGCAGCAAUAAAAGCUCAACAGGAUCAGCAAAUUGAUAAUGCACUUCUGGCAGAAGGACGCUUUUAUUCUGAUCUUGAGCUCACUGAAAAGGAGAUAGAACGCAUGGUAAUGGAAGCUUCUAGGGCUGAGUAUAUUGCCAAUGACAAAUUCAGGCAGCAGUUUGGUUGUCGAGAAUCUUCCACUUCUAGUGCUGAACCAUCAUCAUCAGGAGCUAGGUCAUCAGGAAGUGAAGCGAAGCAAGAAGGUGGGGGGCGAGAAGUUCUUAGUGACUGCAUCCAGAUUAUGCUGUCGAUGGGAUUUAGCUAUGCGCGAGUAAUAGAGGCUUAUAGCAUAUUCGGGGAUGAUGUGGAUUCAAUGGUAUGUUAUCUCAUUGAAACCAGCAGUAGCAGCAGACGUAAAGGAAAAGCAACUGAAUGA